AUGAAAGAGCUUGCAUUGGUGCUGAGCGCUGCUAAGAUGCUGCCUCAACAAGCAGCUGCUCUCAUGGAGAAGGUGAUGCAGGUUGAGAUCAAACACCUCGGCAAAGACAAUCUUCGGACACGGAACACAGCAGCCCCUCUGCAUCGUCUUAAUCAAGAGGCUGGAAUGCUCGAUGCAGUUUUUCAAAAUUUGCAACUAGGACUUCCCGGAGACGUCCAACCUGGGAUCAGUGGAGGACAACAUAGGGCGCAGAGUCUUCAUGUAGUGAUACUCAACUGGGUAAUUAAUGUGCCUCGGUUAGAAAAUAACACCCAGUGCGGGCCUCGAGGCCACGAGUACGCUGACAACAAGACCCGUCGAGCUGAGCUGGCGGGUAGGAGGGAUGUCGUCAACACAGAAUGUCGGUCAGGUAGCAGCAAGACGAGGACGGAUUACUUCGACCAAAGUCGAGCGGAUUCAGAUAGCUUUGUUAGGCCUCGGUUCAGCCUGUAG